GACCAAGCGGCUUCACUCUGGCGGCAGUCCCUCACAGAAAAGUGUCCGGGCAGCGCACAGAGCGAAGACAGAAGGUUCCGGGCGAGGAUACGUGUACGCAGUGUGGAGAGAGAGAUCUUAUCAAGAACCUGCUUCACAGAAGGAUUCUGGGAAUUUUUGUGAGGCAGAAAAGAAAGCUGGUGUGUGCCUCAUUCUGUUCCUCAUUCGAAAGAGAUGGAUUCGAAAGAGGGCCGAGAGGAAGGGCCUGAUUACUCUCAGAUUUUAUCUACUUUACAUAAUGCCUUGACCCAGAAGAAUGUGGAGCAGGCACGUACGAAUAUGAAAGAUUUCCUGGCUACUAUAGAUGACCCACAGACCGCUCUCCUCGACUUGUUGGAAAGUUGUAACAUCUCAAAGGGAAAGGGGAAUGCUCUGGCUAAUAUAAUUGCUAAUGAAACUCAGAAAUGGUUGUUGGAGCAUCCGGAAUGCCAGCUGUCUGGGUUAAGGUUGAAAAAGGUUCAGGCCCGCGUUUUCCACCUAGUCACUGAAGGGCAGCUGCUAGAUUACCUCAUCUCCAUUUAUCGCCUGCAAGAGGCUGACCGUUCUUUUCUUUUGGGUCCUGUCACACACCUUCACCUAAUGGGCAAAUAUAAAGAGGCAGCCAUUUUAAGUACCAGACUGAACCUGCAACCAGAUCUGGACCUGGAACAAAUGUGUACCCCCUUGCUACUAAUGGAGAGGUUUAAUCUUGUGGAGGCAUAUGUUGCUGGAAACACAGAGCUGCAAACUAAACUGCUCCAGAUGUUGGACCGAUGGAGCUUAUCCAGAUUUAACCCCAGGAAACUAAGCAGAGAAUACAAGGGUCUUCCACUUGUGAAAACAGACAAACUUAACCCCAAGACUAUCACUAAGUUGGCGUUUCGGCUGCUUCAACUCUACAAACUGGAUCCUGCUAUCUGUUCAAAUAUAAUAAACCAGCGUCAUAUGGGCACCCUGAAAUACCUCAUGCAUAAGAGAUUUGUAGAGAAAACAAUGACCGAGGAGAACUGGAGUGACCAUGUCCAGAGUAUAGUUGUAGAUAAUGACUGGCUCCAGGAGCAAUGCAUUGCCCAGCUAUUCCGCUAUUGUGAUAGGCAGACAGCUGGAUGCUGGGCUCUGAAGUUCGGAAUACCCAAGGAGAAGCUUCCUCGAGAUUUAGCAGAUAUUCUUCAGGACUUUUGUAUUCAAGAGAAGCUGUCGGAGGGAGAAAAAAACUCUGAUGAUUCUUUACAAGUGAGGAAGAACCACUUUUACCAGCUUCCGAUUCCCAGGAGCAAAGUUCAUUUCCUCCAGAGUCACACGGCGCUGCCGCUCUGCCGAGACAUUGUCCUUCAGGAUGGACAAGUUGUGGGUGUGGACAUGGAGUGGAGACCUUCUUUCGGGGGAAUCGGAAAGCCAAACGUAUCUCUGAUUCAGAUUGCAGUGAAAGACGAGGUCUUUAUACUGGAUUUGCUGCAGGGUGACUUUCUUCAGAAUGGUGAUGAAGAAGAAGAAAAGUGCCCACUGCUGGUCAGAUUAAUCAAAGAGCUUUUUUCCUGCCCUGCAGUCACAAAACUGGGAUAUGGUAUGCACGGGGAUUUCCAAAGUCUUGAUGCCACACACACUGCUUUCCGAGGAGUCGAGUUGUGCAAUGUGAUUGACCUCUGUGAGGUGCAUAAACAGAUUCAAUACUGCCGUGGUCGAGUGAGGACCCCUGGUGGGCCGGUAGAUGUCCUGGAAGACAGGCUGGGUGAAGAAGGCAUUCGCCAGCCAGAGAAGGGGUUAUGUUUACUGGUAAAGGAUGUGUUGGGCAAACCAUUAGACAAGACCGAGCAGUUAUCAAACUGGGAUAAGAGGCCACUUCGGGAAGAUCAAAUCAUCUAUGCAGCUGCCGAUGCCUAUUGCUUGCUGGAGGUGUUUGAGACCCUGCUUAACAGCCCUGAGAAGUUUGGGUUAAAACCAGAUUUCCAGAAACUGCAGACCAAAGGCAAACCAAAGCCUCAGCCAAAGAUGGAAAGAUCGCCACAGAAGACGCCAGCAUCACCAAAGCAGAAGCUGGAAACACGAACAGAUGAAGCGAGAAGCAAUCCUAGUAAUAAGCCUUUGUCCCCCAGAGAGUUCCGUGUCAUCUGUGACAACAUGCUGCAGGGACUGGGACGCUACUUGCGCUGUCUGGGCAUUGAUGUUCUAAUGCUGGAUAAUGAUGAUGACCACAGGAGAGCUGCAGAGAUCGCCAGACAAGAUGGAAGAGUCAUUUUGACUUGUGGACUGCCCUACCAGACGCUUCGCUCACAAAUUGGUGAAGGGAGAUGUUUUUCCGUAGACUGCUCAGAGAAAGCACGACAGCAAGCAAUUAAGGUCCUAAAACAUUUUAAUGUUCGAGUCACCCUCUCUGAUGUGUUUAGUCGCUGCCAGGUAUGUAAUUGUGACAAGUACAUGCACAUCUCCCAGGAACAAAUGAUGAGUUUAAUGAAACUUCGGGAACAUAUAGAAGACUCCAAAGGGAAAGAAAACCCCCAGGAGCUUCAACCUGCCAGUCAGUCAGAAUCAUCAGACGGCAGCCAGGAUCUUGAAUGGAUGAAGGACUUGGGCCUGUACCUCAACCUCCCCAGUGGAGCAAAAGUGCAGCUAAGCUCUGUCCCCGCAGGGAUUGUGGAAAAGGUCUCCCUGUUCUUUUGCUGUAGUCAAUGUGGCAAGAUAUUCUGGGAGGGGUCGCACUUUGGUCGGGUGGUGUCCCAGUUCAAGGAGGUUCUGGAAGAUCAAGGAGAGUCUUUUUACCAGUCUGCCAGUCAGGGUCUGUGAAUGGACAACGGUGGGACCAGAUCUGUAAAAUACAUUGGAAUGCCUGUGAUUAUUCACUUUAUUUGUGCAAAGGAAUCCUUACACUUUGAUUAUUAAUGUAUCUGUAGCCGAAACUUUUAUUUUGUUUGAAAAUUUUUAUUUUUUUGCUGUGUCCCAUUGGGAAGAUUUUGCUUCACUUCCUGCCCAGAAGACACAAAAAUAAGUGGGAAAUCUCCCCAAAAUAAUGUAAAAUGCUCUGUUAUAGUUGUCACAGGAAGACAUUCCCCUUACCACCCGUUCUGGUGACAACUGUAUAAUUUGGAUUUCCCUUCACUUUCUGUUCCGAUGUGAAUGGUCACAAAUAGAGGGGUGAAUCUUCCCAAUGGGUGAGAGAUAGUUUAAAACCUCACCCAAACUCAGGGGUAGCAACCUUGGUACUCCAGGGUGAAACUACAAAUCCCAUCAUGCUCUUUCACUGGGAGUCAUGUCUGUGGUUGUCAAGGGUCUUUCAAUGCCUCAUUGGAUUUGUAGUUUCUUCACACCUGGCGUGCCAAGGUUUCACUCUAUCCAAACAUUUAGGUGUAGAUAAACUUCAAUGGAGAGUAUUUCCACUAUAAAACAUGGGAAGUAGUCAGUACAAAUUUGAUUAACACAACAAUUAUAAUGACCCUUAAAGGGUUAGUACACCUUUACAAAAAAUGCCUAUGCAGGUAAGGGGUGCUUGUAGAUAAAAAAAACAACUGUACAGCUCGGACUAAAGUUGAAUAAUGUCCUUGCUAUAGGUGUAGGCCAUUUAUAUACCUCCCAAAGCCUGGGUGAAAUACUCCCAGGACUUUGCUAAGUGAGGCCUAGUCAUUACUCAAACCUCCACCAUCACAGGAAUGAGCUCUUCAAUCUCCAUUCCAUGCGUUUUCUCUCCCCUGAUGGAGAAGUUCUGAACCCAGUGUUUGAGAUGGAGGCGGUCAGCAGUAAUGACUAGGCCUACUUGGCACUGUCCCGUCAACAUCCUGGGAGUUUUUCAGUCAGGCUUCAGGAGGUACAUGCAUGGCCUACACCUAUAGCAAGGGCAUUAUUCAACUUUAGUCAGAGCAGCGUAGCGUAUUUUUAUCUACAGACGCCCCUUAUCUGCAUAGGCAUUUUUUUGGUAAAGGUGAACUAAUAUCAAACUAGCAACAUUUGCAAUGGGUGUUGCUUGAAGCAGCAGAGGGAGUCUAGUUAUUAAGGGAGGCCUGUGCUCAGACAAAUACCUAGACUGCUAUUACAGGCCUCCUUCUGAAAAUGCUUGGUUGUUAUACUGAUUCUUUGGCUUCUAUACUUUUGGAGUCCUGGACCCACAACAAGCAUGCAGGUAAAGAUUUCUAAUUUCACGUGUUGCCUGCAUGUUCAGGGACAGAAAUGAUUACAGAUUUAGGAUCAGCGUGACAACUGUCCCUAGUGGGUGAAAAUGAAGCUAAAGCCUCCCUGCAAAAUGAAAUUCUGCAUCACUGCACCGUCUCGCCACCUCAUCCUAUCGGAGAACACCUUGCAUUCAUUGAGAUAAUGCAAAGCAUUUUCUGAAUGGCCCCCUUGCCGAGUGGCUGACCUCCUGUGUUCGGAAUGUAGCAGGACAUCCACUCAGCAUGGGACAGGAAAGCAAGUGGUGGUCACUGGACCAGUGGUGACUACUUCAGUGAUUUAAGCUGAACCAACGUAACUAUGUAAACAUUUCCAUACCUAGAAUUCUUCUUUAAGCACAUACUUGGGUGGAACAUCAACUCAUGGACCUUCUUCAAGCAUUCUUGUCCAUAUUUGGAGUUGAUUUUGAUGCCCCAAAAGUCUUGAGGCUUCCAAGCUUUAAUAAAGGCAUAUUUAGUAAAGAAAAAGAAUCCAUAGCAGCCACAGUGAACUGAAAUCUGGUUACUAUUGUUUGUUGUCAUCUCUGUCAAGUCACCUUGUGGUCCAACCAUCUUUGUUGAGGAAUGCUACAGUUUCCUCAUGUCUUGCCUCCAUCAUUAAUUGCUUUACGGUUAUUUUUAUUUUAUUAGUUCUUAUCAAAUACUGUACUUUGUUUUUAAAUUGGGUUUUUAUUCUUCUGUUAUAUUUUAAGGGAGGUGUCUGCUAUCAGCUAUAAAGUGAAAAAGCCUUCUUUGUUUGUAGGUCGAGAUGGAACAUGGAUUCAGCACCCGUCCUGGCUUUUCUGCCAUUUGGCUUGAUAUCCUCUUUCAUACUUAGCACUGCGGUCACACAGCACCCUCCCUUUACGGCAGGGGCUACCCUUCUCCAUUAGCGGCAGUCCUUUUGGGCGACUCAAGGCUUCAGAGAUGCUUUGCCAAGCAAUUUAGCUACCCUACCAUGACUUUACGUGGCACCUGGGGCAGGGCAGUCCAAUGUUCCUUAUCAGCCAGGAAUUGGAGGGCAGUUUCCACUUUAUAGCUGCAAUAUUUUAGAUUUAGAAAUACAAGACACUGAUAUUAUUUUGUGGAUGUUGGGUUAAUCAGGAAUUGCUGAACUUUAAAUUGAAUCUUUAAUGUGCUGCUGCAGAACAAGUACUGUCAUACUGUAUCUGUACAGAUGCCUGCAUCUUUUGUAAAUAAAGCAGAUUCUGCUAAAUCUA